AUGAAUCUCAUAUCGUCCAUCCUCAGCUCGACAAGCCUGAUAGCCAGUCUAUCGCAGGUCUCUACAAAUGGAGGCUCUUUACUGGGCACGCUUUCUGCUCCGUUCUUGCCAAAAUUUCUAGAGGACGGCCCCUUACCCCGAGGAUUUCCAUGGGCCGAUGCGUCAGCGCAGCACACAAAUCCUUACGAGGAAGUCCCAAAUACUGGGAAAAUUCGCCCUUACAAUUUUGUUAUUGAGCGUGGCAUUCUCUCACCCGAUGGCGUCGAAAAGAAUGGCCUCCUCAUCAACGGACAAUUUCCAGGUCCUACCAUUGAAGCAAACUGGGGAGAUACAUUCCAGAUUACUGUGACGAAUAAUAUCACUGGGCCCGAAGAAGGUACCGCUCUCCAUUGGCAUGGCCUGCUUCAAAAGGAGACACCUUGGUUUGAUGGUAUACCAUCAGUUUCUCAGUGCCCAAUUGCACCAGGGAGCUCGUUCACGUACACAUUUCGAGCGGAUUCCUACGGCACAAGCUGGUAUCACUCUCACUACAGCGCACAGUACGCAGACGGGCUUUUAGGGGCCAUGAUCAUCCACGGACCUGCUCAUGCACACUACGAUUAUGACCUUGGACCUAUCAUGCUAUCUGACCAUAACCACGAGGAAUAUUUCAAAAUCGUCCAGCGCUUCACGGGAAGCAAACUCGUCCCAAAUUCAACGAACAACCUUAUUAAUGGGAAAAUGAACUACGACUGUUCUCUCACAAAUUUAACUUGUACUCCAAAUGCUGGGCUGUCGAAGUUCAAAUUUGAGUCUGGAAAACUACACCGAUUGCGUCUCAUCAACUCUGGAGCGGAGGGGUUGCAGAGAUUCACCAUCGACAACCAUACCAUGACCGUCAUUGCCAAUGACUUUGUCCCUAUUGAACCUUAUGAAACCAAUGUUAUUACGCUUGGAGUUGGGCAGCGCAGCGAUGUUCUCAUUAGGGGCACUGGCCGUCCUACAGACUCAUUCUGGAUGAGAACCGACAUCAGCGACAGAUGUAGCCAUUCAAACCAGCCCCAUGCUCUUGCCGUGAUCCACUAUGAGAAAGCUCACGCUUCUGCUGUGCCGACAUCACAAGCUACUUAUUUCACCGACACGAACUGCUCCAACGAUCCCAUUAGUGUCACAAAGCCCCUAUUCGCCAUGGCGCCUCCACCUGAGCCUGCCUUCACGCAGACGAUCGACAUUGACUUCCAAGCUAAUGCCACAGGCGCUGAGGUAUGGGUGAUGAACAACCAGUCCUUCCGAGCCAACUACGACCACCCCCUCCUCCUCCUCGCCAAGCUAGGCAAUACCUCGUACCCCGACGACCCGCAGUGGAACGUAUACAACUUUGGUAAGAACACUUCUAUUCGCCUCAUCCUGCGCGGCCUGACCCCCCUCGCACACCCGAUGCACCUCCACGGUCACAACUUCUGGGUCGUCGCCGAGGGGGUAGGACAAUGGGAUGGAGUGGUAACGCGACCUGAGAACCCGCAGCGAAGGGAUACGCAGCUCAUGGACUUUGGGUAUCCGUAUCCUGCGGGCAUGAGCUAUACUGUUAUUGAAUUCAUGGCUGAUAACCCGGGGGUUUGGCCAUUCCAUUGCCAUGUUGCUUGGCAUGUAAGUGAUGGACUGUAUAUGAAUGUGAUGGAACGCCCCGAUUUAAUCAAGCAACGCCAGAUCCCAUCGAUCAUGGCACAGACGUGUCGCGACUGGUGGGAUUAUAGCGCGCACAACAUCGUUAACGAGAUUGAUUCCGGGUUGUAGAGCUUCAUGCACGACUAUAAAUGGCAAUGACAACUCAUGAGGUUGAUAUCACUGAUAGAGUGCGGAUUAUCUAUGGGAAAAGCUUUGGUUCUUGCUUUAAUAGAUUUGACAUUUAAUUAUUUUGUGUUGAAGAG